CCUCGCCCCGCACAUGCCGACCGCGCUGACAUUUACGUAGUGAGCCUCGUGCCGUCGCCUAGACGCACGUCUGAGCACGCCUUUAUAUACUAUUCGAAAACCGAAUGAUCUUUAAUUUUUUUUUGUGACACAGUUAAGGUGUAUAUCAAAGAAAGUUUUGUAUUCGAAUCAGUGCAGUCGUUUUUGAUUAUUAUUUUUUUUUAUUUUAAAAAGUGAAUGUUUCAAGGGCCGUUUUCCCGGGAUUGCUAUAGCAACGAAUGACGUCAAGUUCAGGGGCGGUUGGUGCAUUUUGGUUCAAUAAUCACCCUUCGAGCUGCUUUGUUUCCCGGUCCUCGGUUUUGUUUACGUUUUGGAUCUGAGGAUGCUGACCGACUGAGCCGAAUGCUGUUUUAUGGGGAAGUGCACUUACAUUUGCAGUCAUGAGUUUGAUGGCGAUAAUCAAGUUUGGAUAUACCCUAAUUGUGGUUACAUUUAUUUUAAUGAUAUGGGCGUCCUUAGCGAGGGCCUUAGAAUUACACGUAGACACCGGCCAUCCACCGUGUCUGUUUCAAGCUCUAUGCACGUGUUCAAAGCCGGCUGGUGACCUUGGAAUAGUGACCUGCAAACAUGUCCCUAUCCUCAGGGUACCAGCUGCAGUCAACAGCUCGAAAGUAUUCACUCUGCAGCUCACUGGGAACAAGAUUAGAGACCUUGAACCGCAUUUCUUUCAAGCAACGGGUAUGUACAGGCUCGCUAUAAACCAGAACCCACUAGAGAGCAUCCAAGAUGAGGCAUUUUAUGGACUAGACAAUACUCUCUGGGAAUUGGAGCUGAAACAAGACAGGUUAACUUCAGUUCCGAGCCGAGCGUUAAGGUACCUACAGAAGUUGCGCCUACUAGAUUUAACAGGCAAUGAAAUCACAGAAAUAACGGGUGAUAAUUGGCUAGGCUUAGAAAACUCAUUACAGACGUUAAUAUUAUCUGAUAAUUCGAUCGCCACUCUCCCUCUCGAUGCGUUCUCUGGGCUGUUGAUUCUCGAAACACUAGAUUUACAUGGGAACCAUUUAUCUGUAAUCGACAGUGGAGUCUUCAGAGAUGGUAUGAGCAGACUAAGCAAGCUUCUCCUUGGUGACAACCAGCUCACGUUGAUUCCUUACGAAGAGCUAUCCCCACUGCGCCAGCUCCGUCACUUAGAUCUUUCUAACAAUCUUAUAAAGCAGGUUCCACCAGCUCAUGAUCUUAAUGGUGUGAAGCUAUCUCUGGAUUAUCUGAAAUUGGACCAAAACGACAUUAAAAUCCUUUUACCGAGUUCUUUUAAAUACUUUAACAUAUUAAACACAACAAGUCUCAAUGGAAAUCCUAUUUUUACAAUAAGAGAGGAUGCAUUCCGCAAUGCGAAAAUAAAAACAUUGUCUCUCCGAGACUGUGGUGUGACUGAACUAUCCCCAGCCUCCUUCGCCGGUCUCGAGAACAGCCUUCAGAAUCUAGAUCUAUCUGAGAAUAAUUUGACGAUGAUAUCAAAAUUCAUGUUGAACAAAUUAGACUCGUUGCGAUUCUUGAACCUUAGAGAGAAUAAGGUUGAUACAAAUUUACUCGCAACGAAUAAUCCUUCUGAAUACUCGACACCGUCUGCUAACAAUUUUCAAUACAAAUUGUUCUAUUUGGAUAUCAGUGGUUCAUCUUCUCUAGAAAUGAGCUUACAAGAUGUUAGAAGAAUGCGUUCUCUUCGAUACUUAGCAGUGAGCAAAUUAAUAAGACGCAGUAUAACUGCAGAAGAUUUCCUCGAAUUCGGCGUGGAAUUAGAAGAUUUGAAAAUUAUAGGGAGUACAAUUAAUCGAAUCGAAGCCAGUGCAUUUCAACACGUUCGAACGAUAAAAACUUUGGACUUGUCUGAAAACAAUAUAGAUUUUAUUGACCCAUUUGCUUUUGCUGAGUUACACAGUCUAACUACACUUAAAAUGGCGAACGGGUUAGCAGAUUCUGUAAAAAUACUGCCUUUUGAACCAUUAAAGGCUCUUAUUGAAUUAGAAUAUUUGGAUUUGAGCAACAACAAAUUAAAGAACGUACCCGAUACGUCGUUCCACUUUAUGUAUAAAUUGAAAACACUCAAUUUACAAGACAAUCUGAUCGAUCAAUUUUCUAAGGGAACUUUGCAGAGUGAUAUCCAUAGGCAGUUGGAAAGCGUAUGCUUGUCAUUAAAUCAAAUGCAAAGAAUAGAUCAACACACUUUUGUCAAUUUAAGAGAACUUCAAGAGAUCCUCAUAGAAGACAAUUUAAUUGAAACAGUUUACAGAAGGUCUUUUACCAGCUUGGACAACUUGAAAGUGAUCAGAUUAAGAGGGAAUAUUAUCACUGAAAUAAGUGAAGAAGCAUUCCAGAAUUUACCAGCGCUCAAAGAGUUAGACAUAUCGUUCAACCAAUUGGAAACGUUUAAGUUUUCAAUUUUCGACCAAGUAGGAUCAGCAACGGCUUUAAAAGUAAAUGUUUCAUACAACCGAAUAAUUUCUUUAACCGACUCGAAUGCUCCAAGUUUUUUUACGUCAAACUUCUAUCCCCCACCUAAAGCACAGAGAUUAGUAUCAGAGGAUCCCAGUCCUCUGCGUAUUGAACGAGGUCUUGGAACUGUUUCAGUAAACAUACGUGCCUUGGAUUUCUCUCACAACAAUAUUUCUUACAUUGCGCCUUAUUAUUUUAGACAUGCCGACUUAACUCUAUCGGAAUUAUAUCUUUCAUACAACUUAAUAAGAAACGUAACCAGGGAAGUUUUCGGGUCAAUGCUCAUGUUGCAAUACUUGGACUUGUCACAUAAUCAAAUAUUCCAUAUGGAAUAUGAUUGCUUCAAGAAAGUUAAGAACUUGCAAAUAAUAGACUUAUCUCACAAUCAUCUGAUUGAACUGCCCGUUGAAGUGUUCCACGACAUGCAGGCGCUCACUUCAGUCGAUCUUUCUGAUAACAACAUUAAAAACUUGGCAGACAACCUAAUUAUAUCACCAUCUCUAGAAAGGUUAGACCUAUCCGAUAAUGAUCUAUCAAGAAUACCAACAAACAGCCUAUCACCUGCUGCAGCUAUUAAUUUAGUUGAACUCGACUUAAGUGGAAAUACAAUACCAGCUGUAGCCAUCACGGAUUUAGUUCAAAGGUUCAGACACGAACCGAGCGAGUACUGGUUGGAGGAGCCGGACUACAGUGAGGAAUACAUGUACCACACCGCUAGACGAGACCAUCCCAGAGUGUUGCACCGAAAGAUACAGUACCCGCAGAAUGUUUUGUAUAAGUCGCUUGCCUGGUUGGACCUCUCUGACAACCAUUUGGUUAGAGUUGAAAGCGGUUCUUUCACGGCCUUACCAAGGUUGCUUUGGUUGGAUUUGAGUAUGAACACACCGUUCAACAACGGUGAACGUGGUAGUAGUAUCUUUAAGGGCUUGGAAAGAAGAUUAUCACAUUUAGGAUUAAAGAAUGUUAGCCUAACUUCUGUACCAUCAAUGCCAUUGCCGAAGUUAAAAAGUUUGGAUUUGUCAUACAACAAUCUUCCAUCAGUACCGACGGAUAUUACAGCAAAUCUGACCCGUCUUCGAUCCUUAGAUCUUUCGUACAAUGACUUAACGAAUGUCCCUGUAGCAACACACUCAUUGAGCGAUCUGCGACGGCUGUCUUUAUCUGGUAAUCCCAUAUCAGCUCUUAUGAAUACCAGUAUGUAUGGAGUUUCACCACGUCUUGAAUAUCUUGACGUUACGCAUCUAAAAUUAAGUAUAUUAGAGCAUGGAGCUUUUAGCAAGAUGUAUGGUUUGAGAACUUUAAAGAUAUCGGUGAAUGGCAAUAUCAGAGAUUUUAAUUUACCUAAAAUUCUUACACACAACGAUGCUCUGAAAAAUCUUUAUCUACAAAUCGAUAACACGCAGGUCGAUCUGAGCAAGGAAAUGCUUGGGUUUCUACCGUCCAAGUUAAAUAAUAUCACUGUAACUGGAAGGGCAUUGAAAUUUCUUUCCCAGAAUGUUUUAAAAGGUGUUACAUCGCAAACGCUAACAUUAACGGUUUACAACACUAGCAUCGAAGAAAUAGAAAAUGAAGUUUUUUGGAGACCUGGUCGUAUCAAGAACUUGACCUUAGAUUUGAGGGACAAUAUGAUCGCUAGAGUUCCGAACCCAGCUAGGCACGAAUGGCCUGGUGUACCAAACUCUUUAUUCCUUCAUGAUAUUUACGUAGCUGGAAAUCCUCUUCAGUGUGAUUGUCGCAUCGGAUGGGUGCAAGCAUGGGAUAGGAAACGAAGACAGUACCUUUGCGAUGGCCCAUCUGACUGUAUAUCAACAAGAGAUGAUGUCCGAUUUGCAAAAUGUCCUUCUCAUUAUAACCGAACUUUUAGUGAUGUUAUAGCAAAGGACCUGGAUUGCAGCUGGAGUAAGGGAUUUUUGAGAUCACCAAAUAUUUUCAUUAUUGUAACAAUGUCCAUUCUGACAUACCUUUAUAUUUGAGGUUUGUUUUGGCUCCUUGAUAUCUCCGAAGAAUUCUACAAAGCUAUGGGAAUGGUUAACAAUAGAACUUAAUCUCUGAAUUGAAGUCAACCUAGUCAAACUAUUUUGAAUAUUCCAAACGAGUUCAUUAUAAUUGAUCAAUAAAAUGAAGAAAGAAAAGUGAAACGAGCUAGUGAUAUCAUCAACUCACUCAGAGUACCUUAAAGUGGCCUAUUUAAAUUAUUCCGAUCUAAAAAACCAAAUCAUAGUUAAUGUAGUGGUUCGGAAUUUCUCUAAGACAUAGUGGAAUGAGAAGAUGCUGACAAAAGACGUAUUAUGAUUGCUAUUCAUAGGAAACAAGUGAAGCCUACAAAAUUGUGAUUUAAAGAUAAUCUGAAGCGGUGUGUGAUCUCAAUGGAUUAUUUCAACAAAGUUACCAUUCAAAGAUGUUAUAAUUAGUUUUUUCUUAUACUGCAUAGAAUAUUCUCCGGAUUGUGUUUUAUGAUUAGGUACACAUUAAGUAAUUAUUUCGGAUAUAUUUUGCAUUAUUUAACAGUGAAAUAUGUGAUAUUGAUGUAUAUGUUGUUUUGAAAUCGAUUGGCACAUCGGAACUGAAAUUACAUUGUGAGUGAAGUGCACUUAAUGUGAUCAUAGAGUCGCAUUUGGAACUUUAAAUAAGUUCAUUCGAAAGCAAUGACUUUAAUGGUAGCGUCUGAGUAGACUGCAUUCACUCGAAUGAUAUGUGUUCGUCCAUUGAUAAGAUAAAUAUAAUUUAUAUGUGUUUGUGUAUUAGGAUAAUAAUUAUUGUCAACAAUUUCAUCAUUUGCGACUCAUCGUUUUAUUUAUCUUAAGAAACUUUUCAAGUUACAUUUGAAUCUGUAAUUUAGAAUGUUCUUUCUCUUUGACCAUUAUUAUUAGUGAUAUCUUUAUAUAAAAAGCUUUACUUAUACAAUUAAUUAUCUUAAUGUAAUUUUUACUCAGAGUAUCUUCGACUAAAUCGCUUUCUUAUAUACCCUCUAAAUUUCAUUGUUUCAAUUUCAAAGUCUAUCAAGUUAUCUAGUUUAAAUUCGAAAGAUAUUUUAUUACAUAACGACAUAUUACUAUUAUAUCGAUUAAAUACAUUCGAGCCCUGAUGUACGUAAGUACGCCAUGGUUCAUUAUUUAGACUUAUAUUGACUGAAUUUGAUUACUCCAGUAUGAAAUACUAUAUAGCGCUUAGUUUUAUGGUGUUCGAUCUUCGUAACCGUAACUAAAAAAUUAUAAACAAAAAACUAAAAUUUACUUUCAGCUUCAGUCAGUUUAUUAAUUAAACUUUCCAUUUAAAUUUUAAAAUAUUUUAGUACAUUUAUUAGGCAGUCGCGUUUUAUUGCAUUUACAUCUAUAGACAAAUGCAUGUUAGUCGUAGCUUGAUUAAAAUUUAAAAAUAAUGAGUGAAUAAAUGGUAUACCUCUUUUUCAGUGGUCCAUAAUGAAUGGUGUCAGGCCUACAUGUUAAAUUUUGUUUUCAAUACCGCAACAUAUUUUUGUUAAUCAUUCUAUAUUUCCUUUUCAAUGAAUAUUUUGAUACAAAAGUAUCUAAUUCAUCUCACCAAUAUUUUGUAGAUUAAAAAUGUUAGUAUCGUUAAGUUUAAUAAUUAUGAAAUUAACUGUCUACGAGAAGCCUAGUAUUAAUAUGUUUAUAUUAAAUACGUGUAGUAUGAUGUUUAUUUUGCUGUUAUUGUGGUAUUGAAAAGGAAAUAUUAUCGUUUGUUGUGACAAUGAAUAUAUUUUGUGAUAUAUAUUAAUCUCUAAUCCUUCUAUUUUUGAUAAGCCUACAAUGAUUAUUGCCAAACUUUAUGGGAAUUGUAUAGCUGAAUAUAAAAUGGUUACUAAAGUAUAGAAGAUGCAGCUUGUGUAUGAUUCUGAUAGAAUGUCAAUUUUAAUUGAAAUUGCUGAUUUGCCAAGUUCUGUUUCUGAUCUUUUAAAAAAGUUUGUUCAAAUUCUCGUCCAAAAACUAAAUGUUUCCUUUUUUUCUAAAUUUCUACUAGCAGCUUUAUUAUAAUCGAUACUUAUAUUUUUGCGUUCUUUGGUUUUUUUUUUUUGGCAUAAUCUGCAAUUUCAUAAAUUAUAAAUAUAAUUAACUUUUAAAAUAGAAACGAUUAUAAUUAGAUUCUUUAAUAAAUAAUAAUCAAUGUUUUCAAUUAUAAAUAUCUUGAAAAUUAUUCAAUAUUUCGAAGUCGUUAUCAUUAGUAAUGAUUUGAAAGCGCAUUUAGUAAUAUUUUUAUUGCUUGUUCAAUAUCAACUGUCAGAAUAUCAUCUGCGCUUAAAUUUUUUUUUAACAUCAUCGCUGCAUCCAAUUGUGAUAGUAAUUAGUUAGUGCCAAUAAAUAGAUUAAAUUUAAUAAAGAUCCUGUAAUUAUAAUUCUUAAAUUUUAUUCGUAAUAUACCAGAAAUAUUUUGACUAUUUUCGAUCGGAGUUUUAUUAUGCAUACUCACUCAGUACCGUUAAGUGGCUUCGCUUAUUUUUGACUGUAAAAUAAUGUUAUAUUUUACGCAUAAAAUUGCAUUACGAAAUCAUUCAAUUGUUAAGUCUGAAACCGUAAAGGUCAAUUUACCGAGAAAUGUUUUGAAAUACUAACGACGUUGGUUUAUUUUGUUAACGAGACAGUAAAAGGCCAUUAAAUUUGUGCCUCUGAGCGUGAAUGUUCGGGCUAUUACUGCCGCUUAAUGCCGUUGAAAAGCGAUAUUUUAUUAGUUCCUUCCAAAAGGGAAAUAAAAUUUUCAUGGAAAUUCUUUAAAUUGAUUCUUAUGUAUGUAUCAAUAAAAUUAUUUUUGUUCAAUAUAUAAUAAAAAGUGUUGAUUUUUGUUGUUAUUUUACAUAAGUUUAAUUAUUUAAAAUAUAAAAUUAAAAUGACAAUCUUUUUAAGAGUCCAGUUUGUAAUUUAUUUCUAUAAAUAAAAAAGAGACUUCAGCAAUUAUUAUGUACCUACAGAUAAACAAUUUUUUUAUCGAAAGGAUAAUUUGCUAUACAAUAAAAGUGUUAUACUAAUUAUUCAAUAAAAUUCCGAUCGAAAGAAGUGAAAAUUUAAUAUAUGUAAUUGUUUAUUGCCUAUGAAUGUUGUAUAUAAAGAAGUUAAAGAUUGAGGAGCGAGGGCGGGGAUUGCUGAUGUAUGACGGUUUUGUAAAGUUAAUUGAAAAGGCUAAGAACAAGGAUUGUACUGUCUACUACUUAAAAUGACUCUAUAAAAUAGUGUGAAAUGAAAUAAUUAUUGAAUUAUUAGCGUAUUAAUAAAUUAUUGCGUUAAUAUUAA